AUGGCGAAGAAAGCUAUUGACUCCCGUGUUCCGGCGCUGAUCAGGAAUGGUGUUCAGACCAAGCAGAGGUCGUUCUUUGUCAUUGUUGGUGACAAAGCCAGGAACCAGCUGCCCAACUUGCACUAUUUGAUGAUGAGUGCUGAUUUGAAGAUGAACAAGUCUGUGCUGUGGGCGUACAAGAAGAAGCUGCUCGGGUUCACUUCUCACAGGAAGAAAAGAGAGAACAAGAUCAAGAAGGAGAUCAAGCGAGGCACCAGGGAGGCCAACGAAAUGGACCCCUUCGAGACAUUUAUCUCCAACCAGAACAUCAGAUACGUAUACUAUAAGGAGACGGAGAAAAUUCUAGGUAACACUUACGGUAUGUGUAUCCUGCAGGAUUUCGAAGCUUUGACUCCGAACUUGUUGGCCAGGACAAUUGAGACUGUCGAAGGUGGUGGUAUAGUGGUUAUUCUGCUGAAAUCUAUGUCCUCGCUGAAACAGCUCUACACUAUGACUAUGGACAUUCACUCCAGAUACCGUACCGAGGCGCACGAUGAUGUGGUGGCAAGAUUCAAUGAAAGAUUUAUCCUGUCGCUGGGUUCCAACCCUAACUGUCUGGUAGUGGACGAUGAGCUGAAUGUACUACCGAUCUCAGGUGCAAAGUCUGUUAAGGCUCUUCCUCCAGCGGACUCCGACGAAUUGACCCCAAAACAACAGGAAUUGAAGGACUUGAAAGAAUCGCUAGAAGAUGUACAACCUGCGGGCUCCUUAGUGUCAUUAUCAAGAACUGUGAACCAAGCACAUGCCAUUCUGUCAUUUAUCGAUGCCAUCUCAGAGAAAACUUUGAACACCACAGUGGCAUUGACUGCCGGUAGAGGUAGAGGUAAAUCUGCAGCGCUAGGUAUCGCAAUUGCUGCUGCAGUAGCUCACGGUUACUCUAAUAUAUUCGUUACAUCUCCAUCGCCAGAAAAUUUAAAGACGCUUUUCGAAUUCAUCUUCAAAGGUUUCGAUGCUCUUGGCUAUCAAGAACAUGCCGACUACGACAUUAUACAAUCUACUAAUCCUGACUUCAACAAGGCUAUUGUCAGGGUUGACAUCAAGAGAGACCAUAGACAGACAAUCCAAUAUAUACUGCCCCAGGACUCAUAUGUGUUGGGACAAGCUGAAUUGGUUGUAAUCGAUGAAGCCGCCGCAAUCCCACUACCAAUUGUUAAAAACCUGCUGGGUCCUUAUCUAGUGUUUAUGGCCUCCACAAUCAAUGGUUACGAAGGUACCGGUAGAUCAUUGUCCUUAAAGCUUAUCCAACAACUACGUACCCAAACGGUGCAGACAACUGAUGAUGCCACUCAGACAACUGUAGUGUCGAGGGAUUCACAAAAGGAUACUAGAAGUCACCUAAGCCGUCAAUUAAAGGAAGUUUCAUUGGAUGAACCUAUCAGAUACGCUCCUGGUGAUCCAGUUGAAAAAUGGUUGAAUAAACUUCUAUGUCUAGAUGUCACGUUGAUCAAAAACCCACGUUUUGCCGCUAGAGGUACUCCACACCCAAGCCAAUGUAACCUGUUCAUUGUAAAUAGAGACACUCUGUUUUCUUAUCACCCUGUUUCGGAAUCCUUCUUGGAGAAGAUGAUGGCUCUAUAUGUCUCCUCCCACUACAAGAAUUCUCCAAAUGAUUUGCAAUUAAUGAGUGAUGCUCCAGCGCAUCAGCUAUUUGUGUUAUUGCCUCCAAUAGAUCCAAAAGAUGGUGGUAGAAUUCCAGAUCCUCUGUGUGUAAUUCAGAUUGCUCUAGAAGGUGAAAUCUCUAAAAGCAGUGUGAGGAACUCCCUAUCUCGUGGCCAAAGAGCCGGUGGUGAUCUUAUCCCAUGGCUAGUCUCUCAACAAUUCCAAGAUGAAGAAUUUGCUGGUUUAAGUGGUGCAAGAGUAGUUAGAAUUGCCACCAACCCUGAAUAUUCCUCUAUGGGUUACGGUUCGCGUGCAAUGGAACUACUGAAGGACUAUUUUGAAGGUAAGUUUACUGAUCUUUCUGAAGAUACUAAACCUAGAGAUUUCUCCUUAAAGAGAGUUGAUCCUAAGGAACUAGAAAAAGCCAACUUACUAAAGGACGAAGUCAAGUUGAGGGACGCUAAGACGUUGCCACCUUUGCUUCUAAAACUUUCAGAGCAACCACCACACUUCCUACAUUACCUGGGUGUAUCAUAUGGUCUAACACCAGCACUACAUAAGUUUUGGAAGAACAAUGAUUAUGCUCCAGUAUACUUACGUCAAACUGCCAAUGAGCUUACUGGUGAACACACUUGUGUUAUGUUGAAGGUGCUAGAAGGUAGAGAAUCUCACUGGUUAGUCGAAUUCGCCAAUGAUUUCAGAAAGAGGUUCCUAUCACUUCUAUCGUACGACUUUAGCAAAUUCACAGCAGUUCAAGCGCUUGGUGUAAUUGAAAGUAGUAAGAAACCGGGCAAGACCUUGGAGGAACAGCAUACCGUCAAAGAACUAACCAAGAGUCAACUGGAUGACAUUUUCUCCCCAUUCGAUCUAAAGAGAUUAGACAGCUAUGCAAACAAUCUUCUGGAUUACCAUGUUAUUGUAGAUUUGCUUCCAAUGCUAUCGAUACUAUACUUUGGUGACAAGAUGGGUGACAGCGUCAAGCUGUCGAGUGUACAGAGUGCCAUUCUACUUGCUAUCGGUUUGCAGCACAAGAGCAUCGAUGACAUCACAAAGGAGUUGAACUUGCCAUCCAACCAAACAAUUGCUAUGUUCUCCAAGAUUAUGAGGAAGUUCUCAGUAUACUUCCGUAAUCUACUGAGUGAAACUAUUGAACAACAGCUGCCCGAGCAACAGGAUGACGAACUUGCUGACAUGAACGGUGAGGAUAUCACCACCUAUGAUGCAGCUCAAGCUUUUGACCAAAUGGAGGAAGACCUUGAAGAAGCUGGUUCGGAAGCUAUCAAGGCCAUGAAGGAGAAACAGAAAGAACUGAUCAACUCUUUGAACUUGAACAAAUAUGCCAUAGAUGAAAAUAACGAAGAAUGGGAGAAAUCCAAGAAGAGUUUAGAGAAAGCUGCUAAGAGUGAAGGUGUAGUGAGCCUGCAGACAGGUAAGAAAAGAACCACUGAAAGUGCUGACAGCAUAAUGAAACAGGAAAUGAAUGCUGUUAAGAAGAGCAAAAAAUCUAAGAAGAGUAAAAAAUAA